AUGACUGCCUGGCUGAUCUCUCUGAUGAGUAUCGAAGUAGUACUUUUGGCAGUACCUCACCUGAGUUUACAUAUUGAACCUGAAGAAGGUAGCCUUGGAGGGGGAACGUGGAUCACAGUCAUUUUUGAUGGUUUGGAGUUGGGUGUUCUCUACCCCAACAAUGGCUCUCAAUUGGAGAUACACCUGGUGAACGUGAACAUGGUGGUGCCCGCACUGCGGAGUAUCCCCUGUGAUGUCUUUCCUGUUUUCUUGGAUUUGCCUGUGGUGAUGUGCCAGACCAGAUCUGUGCUGUCUGAAGCACAUGAGGGUCUGUACUCCCUGGAAGCAUACUUCGGGGGACAGUUGGUAAGCAGCCCAAAUCCAGGACCACGAGACAGCUGUACUUUCAAGUUUUCCAAGGCGCAGACACCCAUCGUUCACCAAGUUUAUCCACCAAGUGGAGUUCCAGGAAAACUAAUACAUAUAUAUGGCUGGAUUAUCACUGGAAGAUUGGAAAGUUUUGAUUUUGAUGCUGAGUACAUUGAUAGCCCAGUGAUCUUGGAAGCUCAAGGAGACAAAUGGGUUACUCCUUGCUCUCUUGUAAAUAAGCAAACGGGAAGCUGUUAUCCUAUUCAGGAGGACCAUGGUCUUGGGACUCUGCAGUGCCAUGUGGAAGGCGAUUACAUCGGCUCCCAGAACGUUAGCUUCUCAGUAUUUAACAAAGGAAAGUCGAUGGUCCACAAGAAGGCAUGGCUGAUCAGUGCUAAACAGGACCUUUUCCUAUACCAGACACACUCAGAAAUAUUAUCUGUGUUUCCAGAAACUGGGAGCCUUGGGGGAAGAACAGACAUCACAAUUACAGGAGACUUUUUUGACAAUUCUGCCCAGGUUACCAUUGCAGGCAUUCCUUGUGAUAUUAGACAUGUGUCUCCCAGGAAGAUUGAGUGCACCACUCGGGCUCCAGGAAAAGAUGCGAGGCUCAGCACCCCUCAGCCAGGCAAUCGAGGGCUUCUUUUUGAAGUUGGAGAUGCUGUUGAGGGAUUGGAACUGACUGAAGCCACCCCAGGGUACAGGUGGCAGAUUGUCCCUAAUGCCAGUUCUCCAUUUGGGUUUUGGUCAAAGGAAGGACAACCUUUCAGAGCACGGCUCAGUGGGUUCUUUGUGGCUCCAGAGACAAAUAAUUACACUUUCUGGAUUCAGGCAGACAGCCAAGCUUCCUUGCAUUUCAGCUGGUCAGAGGAACCAAGGACUAAGGUGAAAGUGGCCUCCAUCAGCGUUGGCACUGCUGACUGGUUUGACUCCUGGGAGCAGAAUAGGGAUGAAGGGACCUGGCAGCAGAAGUCUCCCAAGUUGGAGCUGUUGGGUGGAGCCAAGUAUUACCUGGAAGCAGAGCAUCAUGGGAUAGCCCCAAGCAGGGGGAUGAGGAUUGGUGUCCAGAUUCACAACACCUGGCUGAAUCCUGAUGUGGUCACCACUUACCUACGGGAGAAGCACCAGAUCCGAGUCCGAGCCCAGAGGCUUCCAGAAGUACAGGUGCUGAAUGUGUCAGGCAGAGGAAACUUCUUCCUUACUUGGGACAAUGUCUCUAGUCAGCCAAUCCCUGCAAAUGCCACAGCCCAUCUGAUUCAAACAACCAUUGAGGAGUUACUUGCAGUAAAAUGCAAACUGGAACCCCUUUGGGCUAACAUCCUUCUCCGGCUUGGAUUCGAAGGAGGCCCAGAAGUUGCCAACUCUGACGGGGACCUCACCAGUGGGAUGGAGCCCUUCUGUGGCAGGUUCAGCCUCCGUCAGCCUCGACACCUUGUCCUAACGCCCCCGGCUGCCCAGAAGGGCUAUCGGCUAGAUCAGUAUACACACUUGUGUCUUGCAUACAAAGGCCACAUGAACAAGAUCCUGAAGAUGACUGUGUCCUUCACAAUCGGCUUUCAAAACAUGGUAAAGAACACCACCUGUGACUGGACUCUCAAGAGGACCAGCCCCGAGAGCUGGCAGUUCCAUUGCACUGACCUCUGGGAGACUUGUGUGCGUUGCUCCGGGGAUCUCCAGCCCCCUCCGGCAAACUCCCCAGUGCUGGUUCAUCAGAUCGAUCUUCUCCCUCUGGCCCAGGAGACGGGCCUGUUCUAUUUAGAUGAAAUUAUUAUUGCAGACACAAACGUAACAGUUUCUCAAGCUGAUUCUGGAACGGCUCGCCCAGGGGGGAAUCUGGUGGAAUCAGUCUCUGUGGUGGGAUCCCCUCCGGUCUACAGUGUCACAUCCUGGCUGGCGGGGUGUGGCACGGAGCCCCCGCUCAUCACUGCACGCUCUGUGCCCACUGAAGGAACAGAAGAGGGAUCUGGACCAGUCCUGGUGACAACACAGAGACGACAGCGGACAAGUCCACCUUUAGGAGGACACUUUCGCAUCCAGCUUCCUAAUACAGUGAUUUCUGAUGUCCCUGUACAAAUUUCUGCUCAUCACCUUCACCAGCUCUUACAGAAUAAUGCCAAUGACUUCACAUCCAGGUACCUCAAUGCCAGUGACUUCACUGUGAAGGAGGAUCUAUACACUUGCUACGAACACAUGUGGACCUUGUCCUGGUCCACUCAGAUUGGGGAUUUGCCCAAUUUUAUCAGGGUCUCUGAUGAAAACCUUACUGGAGUGAAUCCUGCUGCAGCCACGCGUGUGGUAUAUGAUGGUGGAGUUUUUCUUGGACCCAUAUUUGGAGACAUGUUGGCUACUGCCAACCAACAUAGUCAGGUGGUUGUGCGAGUGAAUGAUGUACCAGCUCAUUGCCCAGGUUCCUGCUCUUUCCAGUACCUCCAAGGGUCAACUCCCUGUGUCCAUUCUGUGUGGUACUCCGUUGAUGGUGACAUCAACCUAAUGAUUUAUAUUACUGGAACUGGUUUCUCUGGUGGCUCCCAGUUCUUGCAGGUUACGGUGAACAAAAUGAAUUGCAAAGUUAUUUUCUCAAACCAGACCAAUGUAGUCUGUCAGACAGAUUUGCUACCUGUUGGAGUGCAUCGGAUCUUGAUGUUGGUGAGACCCUCUGGUCUUGCCAUCAGUGCCACCGGAGAAGACCUCUUCCUAAAUGUGGAACCUAGACUGGAUAUGGUGGAGCCUUCCAGAGCUGCGGAUAUUGGAGGGCUCUGGGCCACCAUCCGAGGCUCUAGUUUGGAAGGUGUUAGCCUGAUAUUAUUUGGAUCUUACUCUUGUGCCAUCAAUGUCACUACAAGCAAUUCAAGCAGAAUUCGGUGCAAAGUUCCACCCAGGGGGAAAGAUGGACACAUUGUGAAUGUGACUGUGAUCAGAGGGGACCAUUCUGCAGUUCUUCCCAGAGCAUUUACAUAUGUCUCUUCCUUAAAUCCAGUUAUUGUGACUCUGAGCAGAAACACAAGCAAUAUAGCAGGUGGUGAGACCCUGGUCAUUGGAGUGGCAAGGCUGGUGAACUAUACGGAUUUGGAUGUGGAAGUCCACGUCCAGGAUGCCUUGGCUCCGGUUCACACACAGUCGGCUUGGGGCCUGGAGGUGGCACUGCCCCCACUGCCAGCUGGCCGCCACAGAAUUUCCGUCUCUAUCAAUGGGGUCAGCAUUCGCUCACAAGGGGUUGAUCUCCACAUCCAGUACCUCACAGAAGUUUUCAGCAUCGAGCCUUGCUGUGGGUCCCUGCUGGGAGGGACCAUCCUCAGCAUCUCAGGAAUAGGCUUCAGCAGGGACCCAGAUUUGAUUUGGGUACUUGUGGGCAAUCGGUCCUGUGACAUUGUGAACAUAACGGAGGUGAGCAUCUGGUGUGAGACCCUGCCGGCCCCCCAGAUACCCUAUGCAGGCGCUCCCACUGUUCCAGCUGCCGUGGAAGUCUGGGCUGGCAACAGGUCCUUCACCCAUGGUCCUUCACCAAGCUUGGUGGGGAAAGGCUUCACCUUCAUGUAUGAAGCGGCAGCAACGCCAGUAGUCACUGCCAUACAAGGAGAAAUCACAAAUAGCAGCCUUAGCCUGCAUGUGGGAGGAAGUAACCUCUCCAACUCAGUCAUCCUUCUGGGGAGCCUGAACUGUGAUGUUAAGACCCAGUCCUUCCAGGGCAACGCGAGCCUGUCUGGAUGCUCCGUCCCUCUUCACAGUCUGGAGGCCGGCAUCUAUCCUCUCCAAGUACGUCAGAAGCAGAUGGGAUUUGCUAAUAUGUCUGCGGUGCCCCAGCAAUUUGCAGUGAUGCCUCGGAUAAUGGCCAUCUUCCCAUCGCAGGGCUCGGCAUGUGGUGGGACCAUACUUACUGUGAGGGGGUUGCUUCUUAACUCUAGAAGGAGGUCAGUUCGGGUUGACCUCUCGGGUCCUUUUACUUGUGUGAUUUUGAGUUUGGGAGACCACACCAUUCUCUGCCAGGUUAGCCUGGAGGGUGACCCCUUGCCUGGAGCUUCCUUCUCCCUGAACGUCACAGUCCUGGUCAAUGGGCUAACCAGUGAGUGUCAGGGGAAUUGCACUCUCUUCAUACGGGAAGAGGCAAGUCCUGUCAUGGACGCCUUGUCCACAAACACCAGUGGGUGUCUGACCACUGUGCUGAUUAGGGGUCAGAGGUUAGCCACCACAGGUGAUGAGCCGAUGGUGUUUGUGGAUGAUGAACUUCCUUGCAAUGUAACUUUUUUUAAUGCAAGCCACGUUGUGUGCCAGACAAGAGACUUGGCCGCAGGACCCCACUACCUGUCAGUUUUUUAUACAAGAAAUGGGUAUGCUUGUUCUACUAAUGUUUCCAGACUCUUCUACAUUAUGCCCCAAGUGUUUCAUUAUUUUCCUAAGAAUUUCAGCAUACAUGGUGGAAGCCUCUUGACCAUAGAGGGCACAGGCCUGAGAGGACAGAACACCACGUCAGUCUAUAUUGACCAGCAGGCCUGCCUGACAGUGAACAUCGGUGCUGAGCUCAUCCGGUGUAUUGUUCCCACAGGGAAUGGCUCUGUUGCCCUGGAAAUAGAGGUAGAUGGACUUUGGUAUCACAUAGGAGUCAUUAGUUAUAACAAUGCCUUUACCCCAGAAUUGAUCUCUGUUUCUCAGAGCGAUGACAUCUUAACCUUUGCAGUGGCCCAGAUCUCAGGAGCUGCAAACAUUGACAUUUUUAUAGGAAUGUCACCCUGCAUGGGUGUCUCUGGUAACCACACCGUUCUUCAGUGUGUGGUGCCUUCCCUUCCGGCCGGGGAGUACCACGUCAGAGGCUAUGACUGCGUCAGAGGGUGGGCCUCAUCUGCCCUGGCGUUCACCUCAAGGGUUAUUAUUACAGCAGUGACGGAGAACUUCGGCUGCCUGGGUGGAAGGCUGGUGCAUGUGUUUGGAGCGGGAUUUUCUCCAGGGAAUGUCUCAGCUGCUGUGUGUGGUGCUCCCUGCCGGGUCCUGGCUAAUGCUACAGUGUCUGCCUUCAGCUGCUUGGUUCUGCCCCUGGAUGCGUCCUUGGCUUUCCUGUGUGGCCUGAAGCAUGAGGAGGACAGCUGUGAGGCUGCCAGAAACACCUAUGUGCAGUGUGAUUUGACAGUUGCCGUGGGGACAGAGCAACUGCUUGAAUCGUGGCCUUACCUCUACAUUUGCGAGGAAAGUUCCCAGUGCCUCUUUGUACCAGAUCAUUGGGCAGAGUCAAUGUUUCCAUCGUUCUCGGGCCUCUUUAUCAGCCCUAAAGUGGAAAGAGAUGAAGUUCUCAUCUAUAAUAGCUCCUGUAACAUUACCAUGGAAACUGAGGCAGAGAUGGAGUGUGAGACGCCCAAUCAGCCAAUUACCGUCAAGAUUACUGAGAUACGGAAACGCUGGGGCCAGAACACUCAGGGCAACUUUUUACAGUUCUGCCGGAGAUGGUCCAGGACUCACAGCUGGUUUCCUGCAAGGCUGCCACAAGAUGGCGACAACAUCACAGUGGAGAGUGGCCAGUCGCUUCUGCUGGACGCUAACACAAGCAUCCUCAACUUACUGCACAUUAAAGGGGGCAAGCUGAUUUUCAUGGCCCCAGGACCCAUUGAGCUCAGGGCGCACGCCAUCCUUGUUUCUGACGGUGGAGAGCUCCGGAUUGGAUCCGAAGACAAGCCCUUCCAAGGCAGAGCUCAGAUCACACUGUACGGGAGUUCCUACUCAACUCCCUUCUUUCCCUAUGGAGUCAAGUUCCUGGCUGUGAGGAAUGGAACUCUUUCUCUGCACGGUUCACUACCAGAAGUAAUUGUCACCCAUCUUCGAGCAACUGCCCAUGCCCGAGACACAGUGUUGGCUUUAGAAGAUGCUGUGGACUGGCACCCUGGGGAUGAAGUUGUCAUCAUCAGUGGAACAGGUGUUGAAGGUGCCAAACCGAUGGAAGAGAUUGUCACUGUGGAAACUGUGCAGGAUACAGACCUCUAUCUUAAGUCACCUUUGAGAUAUUCUCACAACUUUACAGAGAAUUGGGUGGCUGGGGAGCACCAUGUUUUCAAGGCCACUGUGGCUCUGCUCAGCAGGCGUAUUACCAUACAAGGAACUCUCACUAACGAGAGGGAGAAGCUGCUUGUUUCAUGCCAGGAGGCCAAUGCUCCAGAAGGUAAUCUGCAGCACUGUUUGUAUUCCAUGAGUGAGAAGACGCUGGGAUCCAGGGAUAUGGGAGCCAGAGUGAUCGUUCAGUCCUUCCCAGAAGAGCCCAGCCAGGUCCAGUUGAAGGGAGUGCAGUUUCGAGUCUUGGGGCAAGCCUUCCAUAAGCAUCUGAGCUCACUCACUCUGGUGGGAGCUAUGAGAGAGUCUUUCAUACAGGGCUGCACAGUGAGGAGUUCCUUCAGUAGAGGCCUCAGCAUGUGCGGGACCUUGGGCCUGAAGGUAGACAGCAAUGUAUUCUACAAUAUUUUAGGUCAUGCACUGCUAGUUGGGACAUGCAUGGAGAUGAGAUAUAUCUCCUGGGAGGCAAAUCAUGGAAAGAAAGAUGACUGGUCAGGACAUGGAAAUAUAAUAAGAAACAACGUGAUCAUCCGGGUUUCUGGUGCUGAGGGACUCUCCAAUCCUGAAAUGUUGACACCAUCUGGCAUCUAUAUCCGCAGUCCCACCAAUGUUAUAGAGGGGAACAGAGUAUGUGGUGCUGGCUAUGGCUACUUUUUCCAUCUCAUGACCAACAAAACAUCACAAGCUCCACUUCUUUCCUUCACUCAGAACACUGCACAUUCCUGUACCAGGUAUGGUCUCUUUGUAUACCCUAAAUUUCAGCCACCUUGGGAUAAUGUCACUGGCACCACUCUGUUCCAGAGCUUCACAGUUUGGGAAAGUGCAGGUGGUGCCCAGAUUUUUAGAAGUAGCAAUCUUCGCCUGAAAAACUUCCAAGUUUAUUCAUGCAGAGAUUUUGGAAUUGACGUCUUGGAAAGUGAUGCAAAUACUUCAGUUACUGACAGCUUAUUACUUGGUCAUUUUGCCCACAAGGGAAGUCUGUGUAUGUCAUCUGGGAUUAAAACUCCUAAAAGAUGGGAACUGAUGGUGUCUAACACAACCUUUGUUAAUUUUGAUCUCAUCAACUGUGUGGCCAUUAGAACCUGUUCAGACUGUUCCCAAGGACAAGGUGGAUUUACUGUGAAGACCAGCCAGUUGAAGUUUACAAACUCUUCAAACUUAGUGGCAUUUCCAUUUCCUCAUGCAGCAAUUUUGGAAGACUUGGAUGGGUCUCUGUCUGGGAAAAACAGAAGUCACAUUCUUGCUUCUAUGGAAACCCUUUCAGCUUCUUGUUUGGUCAAUGCAAGCUUUGGUCGGGUUGUCCAUGGCAGUGCCUGUGGAGGAGGUGUUCUUUUUCAUCGUAUGUCUAUUGGUUUAGCUAAUACUCCUGAAGUUUCUUACGAUUUAACCGUGACUGACAGCAGAAAUAAAACAACCACUGUCAAUUAUGUACGUGAUACAUUGUCUAACCCUCAUGGCUGGAUGGCUCUGCUCUUGGACCAAGAGACCUACUCAUUGCAAUCUGAGAACCUUUGGAUCAACAGAUCUCUGCAGUACUCAGCAACCUUUGACAACUUUGCUCCUGGUAAUUACCUACUGCUGGUGCACACAGAUUUGCCGCCUUACCCUGACAUCCUCCUAAGAUGUGGGAGUCGAGUGGGUCUGUCUUUUCCAUUUCUUCCAUCACCAGGUCAGAACCAAGGCUGUGACUGGUUCUUCAAUAGCCAGCUGAGGCAACUCACCUAUCUGGUUUCAGGUGAAGGCCAAGUUCAAGUCAUUCUCCGGGUGAAGGAAGGUGUGCCCCCAACUAUUUCAGCUUCUACCUCUGCAUCUGAAUCAGCUUUUAAAUGGUCCCUCCCUGAAACAUGGCAAGGUGUUGAAGAAGGCUGGGGAGGAUACAACAGUACCAUUCCAGGCCCUGGGGAUGACGUUCUCAUUUUACCCAACAGAACUGUCCUUGUGGAUACAGAUCUUCCAUUCUUCAAAGGGCUGUAUGUGAUGGGGACCUUAGACUUCCCUGUGGACAGAAGCAAUGUUCUGAGUGUGGCAUGCAUGGUCAUUGCAGGCGGGGAGCUGAAAGUUGGUACUUCAGAAAAUCCCUUAGAAAAGGAACAAAAGCUUCUGAUUCUCCUUAGAGCCUCAGAGGGAGUCUUUUGUGACCGUAUGAGUGGAAUUCAUAUUGACCCAGGAACAAUUGGGGUUUAUGGGAAAGUUCAGCUUUGCAGUGCUUAUCCUAAGAACUCCUGGACACAUCUUGGAGCUGAUAUUGCCUCAGGAAAUGAGAGAAUUAUAGUAGAAGAUGCAGUGGAUUGGCGCCCCCAUGACAAAAUCGUCCUUAGCUCCUCUUCUUAUGAGCCUCAUGAAGCAGAGGUCCUCACUGUGAAAGAAGUCAAAGGCCACCACGUGAGGAUCUAUGAACGGCUCAAACACCGGCACAUUGGAAGUGUCCAUGUCACGGAGGAUGGCCGACACAUUCGUUUGGCUGCUGAGGUUGGACUGUUGACCCGAAAUAUACAAAUUCAGCCUGAUGUAUCAUGUAGGGGGAGACUGUUUGUGGGGUCCUUCAGGAAGUCCAGCCGAGAAGAAUUUUCAGGUGUCCUUCAACUUCUCAAUGUGGAAAUUCAGAACUUUGGGUCACCAUUGUACUCAUCUGUUGAAUUCAGUAAUGUGUCAGCGGGAUCCUGGAUCAUAUCAUCUACUCUGCACCAGAGCUGUGGCGGGGGCAUUCAUGCAGCUGCCAGUCAUGGAGUACUUUUAAAUGACAAUAUUGUGUUUGGCACAGCUGGCCAUGGCAUAGAUUUAGAGGGUCAGGCCUAUACUGUCACUAAUAACCUUGUGGUUCUGAUGACACAGCCAGCAUGGUCCACCAUUUGGGUGGCAGGAAUCAAAGUGAACCAGGUAAAGGACAUCAACCUCCAUGGCAACGUUGUGGCAGGAUCAGAGAGACUUGGCUUUCACAUCCGAGGCCACAAGUGCUCCUCUUGGGAACUGCUUUGGUCUGACAAUGUGGCCCACUCAAGUCUUCAUGGCCUUCAUCUCUAUAAGGAAAGUGGACUUGACAACUGUACCAGAAUCUCUGGCUUCUUGGCUUUCAAGAACUUUGACUACGGUGCCAUGUUACAUGUAGAGAACAGUGUGGAGAUAGAGAACAUUACUCUGGUAGACAAUACCAUUGGUCUUUUGGCAGUAGUGUAUGUAUUUUCUGCUCCACAAAAUUCCAUCAAAAAAGUGCAGAUUGUGCUUAGGAAUUCAGUCAUUGUGGCCACCAGCUCUUCUUUUGACUGCAUUCAGGACAAAGUGAAGCCUCACUCAGCCAACUUGACAUCAACAGAUAGAGCUCCUUCCAAUCCAAGGGGGGGUCGAAUUGGUAUUCUGUGGCCUGUAUUCACCUCAGAACCAAAUCAGUGGCCUCAGGAGCCAUGGCACAAAGUGAAGAAUGACCAUGCAAUUUCAGGAAUCAUGAAACUUCAAGAUGUUACCUUUUCUAGUUUUGUGAAGAGUUGCUAUAGCGAUGACCUGGAUGUCUGCAUUCUACCAAAUGCAGAGAACACUGGAAUUUUGCACCCAAUAACAGCAGAGAGGACCAGGAUGCUAAAGAUAAAAGAUAAAAACAAGUUCUACUUUCCUUCAUUACAACCCAGGAAAGAUUUAGGAAAAGUAGUCUGUCCUGAAUUAGACUGUGCAAGUCCAAGAAAAUAUCUCUUCAAGGAUCUGGAUGGGAGAGCCCUGGGUCUGCCUCCACCAGUUUCUGUAUUUCCUAAAACAGAGGCAGAAUGGACUGCAUCCUUCUUCAAUGCAGGUACAUUUAGAGAAGAACAGAAAUGUACAUACCGAUUUCUGAUGCAAGGAUUCAUCUGCAAACAGACUGACCAAGUGGUCCUAAUUCUCGAUAGCGCUGAUGCCAUUUGGGCAAUCCAGAAGUUAUAUCCAGUUGUAUCUGUGACUAGUGGUUUUGUUGAUGUCUUUAGUAGUGUAAAUGCCAAUAUUCCCUGCUCUACUUCUGGGUCGGUGUCUACUUUCUAUUCUAUCUUACCCACCAGGCAAAUCACCAAGGUCUGCUUCAUGGAUCAAACUCCUCAAGUUUUGCGCUUUUUUCUACUGGGGAACAAAAGUACCUCCAAGCUUCUCUUGGCUGUAUUCUACCAUGAGCUCCAGAGCCCCCACGUCUUCUUAGGGGAAAGUUUUAUUCCACCCACUCUGGUUCAGUCGGCUUCCUUAUUGCUGAAUGAAUCUAUUGGUGCCAACUAUUUCAACAUCAUGGAUAACCUCUUGUAUGUUGUCCUACAAGGAGAGGAGCCCAUUGAAAUACGCUCAGGUGUUUCCAUUCACUUGGCCCUCACUGUGAUGGUUUCAGUCUUAGAAAAAGGCUGGGAAAUAGUAAUAGUCGAAAGACUAACUAACUUCUUACAGAUUGGCCAAAACCAAAUCAGGUUUAUUCGUGAGAUGCCUGGCCAUGAAGAGACCUUAAAGGCCAUUGCUGACAGUAGAGCAAAAAGAAAGCGCAAUUGCCCUACUGUGACUUGCGCUAGUCAUUAUAGAAGAGUUGGUCAACGUAGGCCUCUCAUGAUGGAAAUGAACUCAUAUAGGGCUUCACCCCCAACGACUGUGGAAACGAUCUCCAAAGUGAUUGUCAUUGAAAUUGGUGAUUCACCAACAGUAAGGAGCACUGGAAUGAUUUCAUCCUUAUCAAGUAACAAAUUACAGAAUUUGGCUCAUCAAGUCAUCACUGCUCAACAGACUGGGGUACUAGAGAAUGUUCUGAAUAUGACUAUCGGGGCCUUACUAGUUACUCAGUCAAAGGGAGUCACUGGCUAUGGAAAUACAAGCAGUUUUAAAACUGGGAACUUGAUAUAUAUUCGGCCCUACGCCCUUUCCAUCGUAGUCCAGCCUUCAGAUGGAGAAGUGGGAAAUGAGCUUCCAGUGCAACCACAAUUGGUAUUUUUGGAUGAGCAGAAUCGAAGAGUGGAGUCCCUGGGACCUCCUUCAGAGCCAUGGACAAUUUCAGCUUCCCUGGAAGGAGCAUCAGACUCAGUGCUAAAAGGGUGCACCCAGGCAGAAACUCAAGAUGGUUAUGUUAGCUUCUACAACUUGGCAGUCUUGAUCUCUGGGUCAAACUGGCACUUUAUUUUUACUGUCACUUCUCCUCCAGGAGUCAAUUUUACAGCUCGAUCCAAGCCAUUUACUGUCUUGCCUGUGACUAGGAAGGAGAAGUCGACCAUCAUCCUGGCUGCUUGCCUGUCCUCUGUGGCCUCAUGGCUGGCUCUGAGCUGUCUGGUGUGCUGUUGGCUUAAAAGAAGCAAAAGUAGAAAAACAAAACCUGAAGAGAUUCCUGAAUCCCAGACUAAUAAUCAAAAUAAUCAUAUCCACAUCUCAUCCAAACGCCGAGAAUCACAAGGGCCCAAAAAAGAAGACACGGCGGUGGGAGAAGAUAUGAGAAUGAAGGUCAUGCUGGGCAGGGUGAACCAGUGCCCCCACCAGUUGAUGAAUGGAGUGUCCAGAAGGAAAGUUAGCCGCCACAUUGUCCAAGAGGAAGAGGCUGCUGUGCCUGCUCCUGGUACUAGCGGCAUCACGUCCCAUGGGCACAUCUGUGCUCCAGGUGCUCCUGCUCAGCAGGUGUACCUGCAAGAGACUGGGAACUGGAAGGAGGGCCAAGAGCAGUUGCUCAGAUACCAGCUGGCAGGCCAAGAUCAGCUGCUGCUGCUAUGCCCAGAAUUCAGACAAGAGAGGCAGCAGUUUCCAGGGCAAAGUCAGCUGAGUAAGCAAAGUGGCAGCUUGGGGCUUUCCCAAGAGAAGAAAGCCUCCUGUGGGGCCACUGAGGCAUUCUGCCUUCAUUCAGUACACCCGGAAACUAUUCAGGAGCAACUCUGAUCAGGGAAGUUGUGGGCAUUUGGCCUGAAAGGCAGAAUGUUCCAAAUAUUUCUGGAUAAUAAG